AUGGUGGGAUCAAAAUCGGUCAAUCCUCUGCCCUACUCUGACUUCCGGAGCGACACUGCUACUGCGCCAACGCCUGAAAUGUUUGCAGCGAUGAUGAAGACUUCUCUUGGAGACGAUGUCUAUAAUGAGGACGACUCUGUCAAGAAGCUCGAACGAUAUGUGGCCACGCUCUGUGGCCACGAGGCUGCUCUCUUCUGCUCAUCUGGCACUAUGACAAACCAAUUGGCUCAUCGUGUCCACCUGUCCAACCCACCACAGUCGGCGAUGGUUGACAUUCGAUCCCACGUCUUCAAUUACGAGGCCGGUGGCAUCUCCUUCCACUCACAAGCUGCCGUCUACCCUAUCAUGCCCUCAAACAACAAGUACCUCACUGCUGAGGAUGUCGCCUCAAGACUGGUUCUCGAUGUCGAUGUCCACUAUGCCCCCACCCGAUCCAUUUCGCUCGAGAACACCCUCAACGGUACCAUCAUGCCCAUUGAAGAGAUGGAGCGGAUCCGUAUCCUCACCAAAGAGCACGACAUCAAGCUUCAUCUCGACGGUGCUCGUCUCUGGCACGCCAGCAUUGCCACUGGCAUCUCGAUGAAGGAGUACUGCAGUCACUUUGACACUGUCUCCCUCUGCCUCUCAAAGGGCAUUGGUGCCCCCAUUGGUUCGAUUCUAGUCGGCAGCGAGCUGACCAUCAAGAAGGCUAGACAUUUCCGUCUGCUUUUCGGUGGUGGCUGGAGACAGGCUGGUCUUUUGGCCGAGGCCGCUCUCUGGGGUAUCAAGAACAACUGGCCCACGAUGGAGGAUACUCAUCGUCGUGCAAAAUGGCUCGAGCGCGUCUUCCUCCAAGUCGGAUGCCAAAUCACCAACCCUGUCGAUACCAACAUGGUCUGGGUCGACACGACGAAUGCGGGCUUCUCGGUUGACGACUUGAUUGUUGAGCUCGCCAAAGAGGGGAUCAAGAUUAGUGGAAGUGGUUGCCAAGCGCGUGUGGUUUUGCAUUACCAGAUCUCGGACGAGGCAGUCCAACAGUUUAUUGAAGUCCUCCGCAAGAUGGCUCACUCCCAUCGUAUGAAGGUCAAUGUUGAUCUCAUCAAGACCUCGAUGCGAGAGCAGCCACAUAGUGUCUUCGACGACGAACACAACGACAAGAUGACUCCCCCUUCUCCUCCUCUCUCGCCCGACAGCCCUAUCCUCGGACAGAUCAAGACCUUCUCCAAGGGCCAAUCUUCAGAAGCGAAUCAUCGGCCCGAGAAGAAGACUAGCGACUCGGAUGCAGAGGAUGAGGUCUUGCCACGGUCUAGUAUUCAGAGCGGCCCCGACAUGAAGCGGUGUCUGUUUAAGGAGAGCAACGAGCCUACCCUCGAUACCACCGAACCCUUCCAGCCUUCAUCCCGCCGCUCGGCACCACGGCUGAUGAGUGCCUACUACGAACCCGAGCUAAUGACGGCCAGAGUCCGCGAGGCCGAGCAAGUAUUCGGUAUGCGCAAGAGCUUUGGCGAGCGCCUGUCGGAAGACGACGAGAGCCAUUCUGAAGACGAUCAAGUCCCCUCAUCUAGGAUGAUCCGGACGACACAGUCUCUAGACCUUCAAGAAAUCGAGGCACGUGCAGUAGUAGAACAGUUGGCUGCAGCAGUGGACUCACAGCGGCCCCAGACGGCCGUGUCGACGUGCGAAAAGAAGAAGGUCAAGAAGAUCCAGUAUCGUCUAGCCCAUAACACCGCCAGCAAAGCCUUCAAGCGCGCCAGUGUCCGGAUCGUUCGCUGGGGUAGCUUUCUGAACCGCGAAGCAUAA